AUGGAGCUUUUGAAAUGCAAGUGUGCUGCAAGAAACAUUCCCAAAGGGGUUUUCCUAUUACCAUUCACUCUGCUUGUUGUGGCGGUACUCCUUACACUGAUCAUAAGUUUAAAUGAAUCAUAUUAUGAGAUAUAUGCGGGUAGUUUGGUAAGCACAGAAAGCAUGAGAUGUGAUAUAUUUUCUGGAAAUUGGGUUCCUUAUAGCAAAAAACCUUACUACAAUAAUGAAACGUGUCCCUUCAUAACGGACAAGCAGAAUUGCUUCAUGCAUGGGAGACCUGACAGAGAGUUCCUCAGAUGGCGAUGGAAACCUGACGAAUGUGAGCUUCCACUAUUUGAUGCAACUCAAUUCUUGAAGCUUGUUCGGGGAAAGUCAAUGGCUUUUGUUGGAGACUCAAUUGGGAGAAAUCAAAUGGAGUCCUUGUUGUGCCUCCUAAAUAGGGUUGCUCGUCCUGAGGACAUUACAGACAAAUAUACAUCGAAGGACGACAAAUAUUUCAAAUGGUGGUUCUAUGCUGAUUAUGGUUUUACUGUCACAAUAUUAUGGUCUCCCUUCCUAGUCAAAUCCUCCGAAACAUACAUCAAUGAUACUUCCUUCUACAAUGCCGAGAACCUUUAUAUAGAUGAGGCAGAUUCAGCUUGGGCUAGUCGCAUUGAAAAUUUUGACUACGUAAUUUUUUCAGGUGGACAAUGGUUUUUUCGACCAUUAACAUUCUACGAAAAUGGUCAAGUUGUUGGAUGUCAAAAAUGCAAUAACUUGACAGACCCACUUAACUUGUAUGGAUACAGAAAUGCAUUCAGAACAGCUUUCAGAACUAUUAUAAAUCUUGAAGGGUUUAAGGGGUUGGUAUUUUUGGUGACCCAUUCUCCAAAUCACUUUGAGAAUGGGGAGUGGAAUAAAGGAGGGGGUUGUAAUAGAACAAUGCCCGUUGCUAAGGAAGAAAAAAAGUUCUUGCGUCCAUAUGGUUUGGAGAAUAUGUAUCAAACACAAGUGGAGGAAUUUAGAGCAGCAGAAAAGGAAGCAAUGGAGAAAGGUUUGCGUUUUAUUUUGAUGAAUAUAACUGAGGUGAUGCUGAUGAGGCCUGACGGACAUCCUCAUAAAUAUGGGCAUAAUAUGCAUAAAAAUGUGAGCAUCAAUGACUGCGUUCAUUGGUGCAUGCCAGGCCCUGUUGAUACGUGGAAUGAGUUUUUGCUUUAUAUGAUGAAAAAGGAUAGGUUACAAAUCUUCUGA